GUACAGUGAAGCGUGAUGGCAUGAGGACAGCAGUGACCUUGCCGGAGGUGCACUCCAAGAGUCUCUCUUGGCUCGUGGCAGUUGUUCGGGUCGGAAGCAUUUCAUCACCGAGCCAGGGUCUGCCAAGAGAUAGACUUCUAUAUCGAUGUCGAAGUUUCAUGACUAAAGCAUUAAGCCUUGACAUGAAUCCUGCAUGGUCAUCAAAAAGCAGAAACCCGGAUUUGGCAUGGUGCCAGUAACGGAGCAGAGACCGCCGAGACAAGCGGUAAGCAGGGAGGCGCUGAGGAACGACGUGAACUGGGAGAAUGAGGCAGAGAUGAAGGCGUUGAUGGCGAGGAAAAGUGAGGCCGAGGAUGCAGAACCGUACAACCAGCCGGCUUUGCGUAGCGCGCAAGCUAGACUGGUUGCGCGGGAGGUGGCCAAGCGGUCGAUGGGGAAGGUUAACGUGAGAGGGUGAGCAUCUCAAUUGUAGGACACCCGCUGCAAACGCAGGCUGAUGCUAGGUACUGCAGUGAUGUCAAUGACUUCGGCUUCAUGUUGCCAUCAUCUGG